UAACUUUGUGUGCUCGUAUCCAUUGGAGUGCUAAUUUUGCCAGACCUGAGCAAGACAUGCCUAGGAUCACAAGAUCAGCAGUGUCACGGGUGAAGUGUGCAAUCACAACAGAAGAGAAGCUCCACCGCAGGUUCAAACCGAAGACCCUCGUCUCCAAACGUCCUCAUUUUCUCCACCGCAGAAUGGCCAUCUUCACGGUCAUUUUGAAACGCUGCCACGGAUCACUGCGUCAUCACCGAUAUUGAAAUGGAGGCAACACAAUCAACCACAGCAAUUAAUAAUAAGAAGCGGAAAAAGGGAAAUCAAGACUGUAAGAAUAGUAAUUCAUCUCGUGUUUUGAGCACUCCGCGAACGCGUUCUCAGGUAUCCCCGGAGUGGACUGCUAAACAAGCACUCAUUCUAGUGAAUGAGAUUGCUGCUGUUGACAAGGAUAGCUCAAAAGCGGUAUCGACCAAUCAGAAAUGGAAGAUCAUUGUUGGUAACUGCGUUGCGCUGGAUGUAACGCAUACCCUGAGUCAGUGCCGGAGCAAGUGGAACUCUUUGGUUAUCGAGUACAACCAGAUUAAAAAAUGGGAUAAAGAGUCCGAGUCGCGGAGUGACUUCUACUGGUCUCUGGGAUGUGAAAGGAGAAAGGAAUUUGGACUUCCGGAGAAUUUUGAUGAUGAGCUGUUCAAAGCUAUUGAUGAUUAUAUGUGGAGCCAGAAGGAACAGCUGGAUACGGAUCCAGAUAACGACCUUCAAAAGGCUGACUUGCUUGAUGUAAUUGCAAACUUGGGGGCCAAGAAACAGAGGAAGUGGUUAACAUCUCUGAAAACCCAUACGGAAGAGAAGACUCACAAAUGCUGCAGAAAGGAAAACUCCCAAACAAUCCACGCAGAAGAAGAGCCUCAGAAAAGACACGAGGAAGAAAAUUCUCAGAUAUACUGCACUAUGGAAAGCCCUCAUGGAUUCCAUGCUGAAGAAGAAUGUCAGGAAAGUCAGGUGCAAGAAAACACUCAGACAUGCUGUUCUGAAGGAAAGCUUCAAACAAUCCACGCAGAUGACUAUCCUUGGGAAAGAUGCGCAGAAGAAGAGCCUCAUACAAUCCAUGCAGAAGAGUGGCUGCAGCCAUGCUGCUCAAAGGAAAAGCCUCAGACAAUCCAUGUACAAGAGGAAAAUCAAGAAAGAUAUGUGGAAGAAAACCAUCAGACAUGCUGCACAAAGGAAAAGCCUCAGACAAUCCCUGCAGAAGAGGAACUUCACGAAAUUCAAGUGAAAGAAAAGCCUCAAAAGCCACUUAGAAAAGAAAAACCUCAGAUUGGCAGUGGGGAUGAAAAGCCUAAAAUCUACAGCGGACGAAAAAAAAUGCCCAGCACAGAAGAUAUGGAGCAAUUGAUGGUGGAAAAACUCAGCGAGAAUGCUGAAAUGAUCCAGGCUGUAGUUAAUGGCAACCUUCCUGAGAUGGCAGACGUCGAAGCUGCUGAUUCAAACAAUAUCGAGGGCUUCAAAACUGAUCUUAUAAGAAGUCAAGGGGACAAGCUUAUUGCAUGCCUUGAAAAUAUUGUCAACACUAUGAGGCAGUUCCCUUGGCUUCUCCAAGAUGCGACUACUUGAUGUAUCUAAUGUUAAAUUUUCCUUUUAUGGGUUAAUGUAGAUAGUAGCCACCAUGACCGGCAUCAUCGGGAAUAAGACUGCUCCCUCUCCUUCAGGUUUGAGCGCAUUUCCUUAGUUCAAAGCCUUAAACUUUCACAUGUAUUGUACUGGUUUGAACGAUGUAGAAAUGGAACCCCGGUUGCGGAAUAAAACAUAAAUUUGUUCUUCGAGCUA